AGAACAAUUUCCACAGAGGCAAACUCUCAUCCACCAGUUUGAUAUAAUCGCAAGAAGAAGUAGCCUUAUCCAUUCGUCAUCCUAAGGAGAUACAGAGAAGUUUUGCAAAAUUCGAAAUGUCUGUAUUACUUAUCUUUGCGUUUUUCAUUUUGUUCUUCCCACUGCUUGGAGUACGAACAGAUGAUUGUAUGCCGACGAGAUGCAGGAAAGGUGGCCCGUUAAUUCAGUCUCCUUUCAGGCUUAAAGAUCAACACCCAGAAUAUUGUGGCUAUCCAGGUUUUGCUGUAUAUUGUGAUGAGAAAAAUGAUACUGUGCUUGUACUGCCUCUCUCUUUAAAAUUUGUAGUGAAGAAAAUCAACUAUGUGGAUCGAUUGGUUCAGCUUUACGAUCCUGGAAAAUGUCUUCCCCAGAAGCUACCAUAUCUAAACUUAUCCGUCUCCCCGUUCCAUUUUUUAGACACUGAUAACAUAUUUGAUGUCAAUCUAUUCAACUGUUCAGUUCAAAAAAUAUAUUUAGGUAACGUCAUUUCUUGCCUUAGUGAUUCCAGCCAUUAUUUCUACGCAAUCGAUUUGGAUGGCUAUGAUCAAUGGGAUUUGACUUCUUGCACCAGCAUUCACAAAAUUUCAUCUGUUCCAUGGUAUGUAUUUGAUGCUACCGAUCUGCACUUGGCCUGGUCUGAACCAGCAUGUGACAUCUGUGAACGUCGCGGACAAAGAUGCAACUUAAAAAAUUACAGUAGCGGACGUCCAAUCCAGUGCAUAGACAAAGUGAAUACCGAUCCAGGAGGAUCAAACAAGCCACUGUUUCCAGGUGCAACGUUGGCUUCUGUUCUUGUUGUGACAAUAUUCGCAGCUCUCUUGCUGCUUUACAGAUCAAUUAGAGUGAACAAAGAGAAUGAACUGAAAAUCGAGAAGUUUUUGGAAGAUUACAGAGCCCUUAAGCCCACUAGAUUCUCUUAUUCUGAUGUACGAAGGAUCACUAAUCAAUUUAGUGAAAAACUGGGUGAAGGAGGCUAUGGAAUUGUGUACAAAGGAAAGCUGUCGAACGAAAUAAAUGUUGCAGUGAAGGUACUCAACAAUUCCACGGGAAACGGAGAGGAGUUUGUCACUGAAGUAGGUACAAUUGGGAGAAUACACCACAUCAACGUAGUCCGGUUGGUGGGCUUUUGUGCCGAAGGAUUCAGAAGAGUUCUCGUAUACGAAUUCCUGCCAAAUGAUUCACUGGAAAAGUUCAUUUUCCAAGCAGAUCUCAAGAGAAAUUCCCUUAGUUGGCCAAAGCUCCAAGAUAUUGCACUAGGCAUCGCCAAAGGCAUCGAAUAUCUUCACCAAGGAUGUGAUCAACAAAUCCUCCAUUUCGACAUCAAGCCCCACAACAUAUUAUUGGACCACAACUUCAUUCCCAAGAUCUGUGAUUUUGGCCUAGCCAAGCUCUGCUCCAAGGAACAAAGUGCAGUAACAAUUAUGGAUGGGUUUCAUCAAACAAUGACGGCCGCCAGGGGAACGAUGGGCUACAUUGCACCUGAAGUAUUGUCGAGGACUUUUGGUAGGGUGUCGUAUAAGUCGGAUGUGUAUAGUUUUGGAAUGUUGUUGCUUGAAAUGGUAGGAGGUCGGAAAAACGUCGAUCAUGAAGCAAAUACCAGCCAAGUGAACUUUCCACAGUGGAUUUAUAAUCAUUUGAAUGUAGGAGAAGAUCUUUGGCAAAACAUUGAGCAAGAAGAAGACAGAAGCAUAGCAAGGAAAGUUACUAUUGUUGGACUUUGGUGCAUCCAAUGGCAUCCAACAGAUCGUCCGUCCAUGAAAGUAGCGGUUCAAAUGUUGGAAGGAGAUGGACAUAAUCUCGAUAUGCCUCCAAACCCCUUCCCAGCUACAAAUGCGACCAGUUCUGCUGCAGGAUUGCGCGGAAGACAGUAUCAUAAUGGGUUGCCACUCAUAUUAGAAUCAGAGUGAAAUGCUUGUUUUCCUUCUUUUUUGUAUACUAAUAAUUAACACAUGCAUUGCACGUGAUUUAUAUUCUUAUUUUCCUUCAUGCACAGUCCUCUUUUCUUUUUGGGUUUUUCUGUUCUAACUUUAUUAGUG